AUGGCUUGCUUGAUGAGUAUGAAGCAGCGAGAGGAUGAAACUUUAAGAGCCUACAUAUCCCGCUUCAACAAGGAGGCACUCUUGAUCGAUGAAGUCGACAAUAAGAUACUUGUUGUGGCAUUCAUGAAUGGCUUGAAGAAGGGUAAGUUUUUGUUCUCCCUAUACAAAAAUGACCUAAAGACCAUGUCGGAAGUACUUUAUCGUGCCACAAAGUAUAUGAAUGCUAAAGACGUGCUGUUAGCCCGAGAAGAGAGGCCGCAGGAAGACACUCGGCAGGACCAAGGCCGAAAGGAGGCAAGAGCAGGAGAUCGAAGGGACGAGAGGCGCCCUAAGCCCCUGGGAGGAAGAUUCACGAGCUUCACUACGUUGACAGCCCGAUAG